CCACCGAGCGUCUGUCUCUUGAGCCGUGUGAAUGGAGCAAUUGGCGAAGAGGAAUCUACGCUUUAUGGAUAUGAGUCACGGCCUCAACGGCAUCGGAUUCCCUUUUUCUCAGGCGAUGACCGUCCAUCACCGCGGACCUCAGGAUGUCCAGGCGACGGAUAUGCUCAAUCCCUUCAUUGAUUCCUCUGGACACAUGGGCGGCAUCAAACUAAGUCCUCAACACAGCAUGCAUGGUGAUGUGGUCCAUCACCCACAGACGGGGCACCAGUAUCCUCAAACAAAUGGCUAUGGCAUGCCUCACUCGCAUCAUCAUCACCACGUGGGCAGUUAUUCCGCAAGAGACUUUAUCCUAUCCGGGGGGUCUCAAGCCCAUCAUGGCAUGUUCGUAUCCACUUCCUCAGCAGGACUUCAUAGUCAUCACGUUCCUGAUCCGACUUCCUCAUCUCACGUGCUUUUCUCUGGACUUGAUCAUCAUCAUCCACACAAUCAUGGACAAAUGCGACUAUCGCUACCUGGGACAGAUGUUUAUAGCCGGUCAGAUACCUUUAAUCCCAUGGGACCAAGAACUGAUUCACUCAUGGGUGGCAGCUACGGAAUGCCUCACAUGACUGUGUUCAGGUAUAUGCGACAGCAAAUAAAACAAGAGUUAACGUGUCACUGGAUUGACCAGGAUGUGCCACAUCCGAGAAAGCCUUGUAAAAAGACAUUCAACACAAUGCAUGAAAUUGUGUCACACAUAGCUGUUGAACACGUUGGCGGACCAGAGUGCACAAACCAUGCAUGUUUCUGGGAGGAUUGUCCCAGAAAUUCCAGACCAUUUAAAGCCAAAUACAAACUUGUCAACCAUAUCCGGGUUCACACGGGUGAAAAGCCAUUUCCUUGUCCAUUCCCUGGUUGUGGCAAAGUUUUUGCAAGGUCAGAAAAUCUAAAAAUCCAUAAAAGAACUCAUACAGGUGAGAAGCCUUUUAAAUGCGAGUUUGAUGGUUGUGACCGCAGGUUCGCCAACAGCUCGGACCGCAAGAAGCAUUCGCACGUUCACACAAGUGACAAGCCUUACAACUGCAAGAUCCGCGGCUGUGACAAAAGCUACACGCAUCCCAGUUCGCUGAGGAAGCACAUGAAGGUACACGGGAAGUCACCGUCACCACCCGGCAAUACGCCCGGCAGUUGCACGUCCGGUUCCGGCUACGAGAGCGACGCCCUGCCGCCCGAAGACGCCCUCGCCUCACCGCCGGUCGCCCCAAUCUCCCAUCACCCCCACCAUCACCACUCGACGAAUCUCAGCGAGUGGUACAUUUGCCAGUCGGGCAUGCCUACACCCCCGAGCAACGAACACUCGCCACUGACAGGCCACACGCUCAAUGCCAUCACCUCCACCUUCUGACAGUGAAAGGAGUCCUCAGCGGCGAUCAGUGAGAAGUUUUCUCUUACUUUAUCCAACAGAAUAUAAAAAUAAAAAAAGGUUCAUUUUCCGUCUGUUAUUUCCAUCGAGGUGAAAAGUUUUCAACCCGAAAAGAACAGGAAUCCCUUCUUUCCCUUUCAGGAACAGUGAUAUCUUACCAUUUUUGGAAUGAUUCAACGGAGAAGUUUACUGAAAAGUUUUGAUUUUAGAUGCUUUUGAACAAAAAGUGAUUUUGUAUUUUCAUCAAUCUUCGCUUUUUCUUUUGGAACUUUUACCUCCACUGAAACAGCGGUGUCUUCGCUUUCAUGUGUCACGUUUCUGGAGUGGCUAGGAUUAGCUUUGAGAGUCAGAUAAUAAAUGCAGAAAUACUGGAUAAACUGCUAAAAGUUUAAUUUCUGCUGAAUGCUCCAUAUACAUUUGAUUUUAUAAUAUAAAUAUUAAUUUACCAAUACUUUUUUAAGUGGCAACGAUUCACAAAAAUAAAUCAUUUUACAGUUUAAAAUUCACCUAAAUAACUAUUAUCUCAGCGAUUCAAGUUGGCUAUAUGUAGAAAGUUAUGAGUAGACGCGUCACCGCAUGAAUGACUUAAUAUGCCUUUUCAUACAUCUUAGGCUUAUUGAAAGAACUCCAUGAAACUGAAAAUAACAAAUUUGUAAUAUUAAGCUUUGUUACACAAGAUAUCGGUUACCAAUAUUUAAAACUAGUUUUUGUUCAGAUAAAUCGAUUUCUUAUAAAUGAAUUGCGUCAUUAUCCUUUCUUAUUUAAUAACAUGUAAUUAAACACCGCUUGUCCUUCUCAAUAUAUCAACUUGAGUUCUUUAGCUGCCAUCGAUAGAAAAAAAAUAUUUUUGA